ACAAAAACUAUCAAACAAUCCAACGAAAAGAAAAUGGGACUCGCGUAAUACACUUUUCUACUCCGCCAAAUACCUUAUUUCUCCACCCCAAAGACACUGAUUAAUAUAUAUAAUCAGUGUAUAUAUAUUAUCGGCUUAUAUAUAUAUAUUAUUGUAGAGAGAGAGAGAGAGAGAGGCGUUAUAUAUAUUAUCGGCUUUGGGUUUGGGGGAAAAAAAUUUGGACGUAGCAUAAGCCAAAAGCUAGUGGGAAUAUUAUCUGAUCAAAAAAAAAAAAAAUACAAAAAAAUGGGUAAGCACCAACAACGCUCUCUGAGGAGUAAAGCAGCCCACCUUGUAUCUGAUCUCACCACUGUCAUCCUCAAUCCCAUCUAUGACAAACCCUCCAAGCCUACUCCUCCUCCACCUGAAGAUGUGACUGAGCCAAAAAGAAAUCAAGAAGAGUCAAUUACAGAGGAGGGUUCUGGGGAUCUAGUUGACGAGCCUGAUACAUCUUCUUUUACUGCAUUUAUCUAUUCUCUGCUGUCCACCAAAGAAUCUGGAAGUAAUUCUGAAAUUGAUGAGCGAAAUGAGCCUCAAGCGGAGAUGAGUGAAACAGCAUCUGACACAAUAAUGAGAGAAAGUGGCGGAAAGAGAAGUUUGUUUUCAAGGGGUAAACAGUCCCUUGGCAGAGCUAUCUAUCAGGCUGCAAGAUUAGGUGGGAAUCGAAGUCAAUCCUCAGAGCGCAAGAGCAGUUCCAACAUGACAACUAAUGGCAGAAAUGAUUCUGAAGUUGUUGGAGAUGAGGGGAUUCCUAUGCAAUCUUUAAAUGAGCCUGUGCCCUUGGACGAUCUCCCAGAAGUUUCUGAACCCUCAUUGCUUCUGUCCGAGAAAACUCGAAAUGCUCUUUAUGCUGCAUUACCCGCACUUGCUCAGGGGAGGAAAUGGGUAUUGCUAUACAGUACAUGGAGGCAUGGCAUAUCGCUAUUAACCCUUUAUAGAAGAAGCAUGAUUUGUCCUGGACUUAGUUUGUUGGUUGUUGGAGAUCGUAAAGGUGCAGUAUUUGGUGGCCUUGUUGAAGCACCCUUAAGACCAACGAACAAGAGAAAAUAUCAGGGAACGAAUGAUACAUUUGUUUUCACAAAUACACCUGGCCAUCCUGAUAUAUUUCGCCCCACAGGUGUUAACCGCUAUUUCACAUUGUGCUCCUCUGAAUUUCUGGCAUUGGGUGGUGGUGGUCACUUUGCACUGUAUUUGGAUUGUGAUCUAUUGAAUGGAUCAAGUUCAGCCUCGGAAACCUAUGGGAAUCCUUGUUUGGCCCAUACUGAAGAUUUUGAAGUGAAGGAAAUUGAGUUAUGGGGCUUUGUAUAUGCUUCAAAGUAUGAAGAGAUGGUUGCUCUACUGCGGACAGAGGCUCCUGGGAUUUGCCGUUGGUAAAUGAUCUUCUAGCUCUAAGCAUUCAACAGUUCACUCGUGAUCGGUCACCUUGUCUGUCCUACAGUUUACUAUCUCCUCUCAUGCUUGAUUCUUGUUUCUUAACCAGCUAUUAACAGAAAGCGAAAAAAUUAUUGUAUAUAUCACGACGAAUGUUCAAUCAUAUGUUUACCGUUGUACAGGCCCCUACUUGUGUAUACUAAGAGCACUUCUGCAUUCUAUGUAGCCAGUUUUGGAUAUAAAAUCGGUGGCGGGAGCUCACCAUAUGGUCAUAUAUGUGAGCCCAAUAGUUGAUUUGCUCUGCUUUUCUCAGUUUGGUUAAGUUAA